UGUCACUUUACAUUCCACAAUCAUUUUCAUUUUCGUCGUUGUUUUCGGCUAUUUUAACCGCUGAAAAACUCUUCAAAUACUCAAUUGCAGCGAACAAACAACAAUGUUUCGUUAUCCCAAAGACUUCGCGUUUCAACCGCGUGAAGCAGUCAGUAAAAAUAAAGAGGUUUACGGAUUUUCGUGUGAUUUAUGCGGCAAAGGGCCUUGGUGUAAUGAAAUUGAUUUAGAGAUACACAGAAAGCAUUCACACAAAGGGGACUUAAUCCGAGCUUUGAAAGACCGAAACGUUCACAUGUGUUCGAUCUGUCUCCGAGUCCAGAAAGACAAAUCAACGCUCAUACAACACAUACUAGUAAACCACUUAUGUUCAGCACCAAACGCCACCCGAAUUAACCGGGAAACUUUUAUAUGCGACCACUGUAAUUGCAUAUUCUUCAACAAACAAUUACUAACCUUACAUAUAUACCACUGGCAUUUACCCAAGACUACAAAGAUAAAACAACUAAAAAUAGCCUGCCCGAAAUGUGAGAAAUGGAUUCGGACAAAAUCGGCAUGGUUCCAUUUAUUAUACCAUGGAGUGUUCAGCGUCUCAACUUGCCCUAUCUGCUUAGAAAUCUAUGAUAACCGAACCGAGUUGACACAGCAUUUAAAAACCCAUCCCGGGUAUUUUAACUGCAAUAUAUGUGCGUUUGAGACAACAAAAGAGUGUUAUUUGAACAAUCACGUGGCUAAGCAUAAGAAGUCUGUAGUUUACAAUGACGGAGAAGAUGUUUCUAGGUUUUUUGUACCGCAAAGUCUACAGCCGUCUUUAAAUAAUAGGAUGCAUAAUGUUUUUAAAGGAAUACCGUUGGCUAAUGAAGUGAGAUUGUGCGUAUUAUGUAGAGCUUUAUGCUUCGAUGAAGAUGAAAUGAGAGACCAUAUACUAGGAGAGCAUAGCCCAGAGGAAAAAGAAAAGAGUAAGAUAUACCAGUGUACUUGUAAAGAGGUGUUCUUUAAUAAUGUACUGUUGAAACACCACAUUUUUAAGAUGAAGGGAGAUCAUCGGGCUUGGGAUGGUGUUACGCCUUUACCGGAAGAGGAUGUAGAAAACCAAAUUGUUUUACAAGUUUAUGAACUAGACGAUCCUUCUUCAACGGUCGGUAAAAUAAUUAUCCAAGGCAUACCAAACGAAGAGGCAUUUAGUAUCGAAGAUUCUAACAGUCAACCAGAAGAAACAUACUCUAGUAAAGAUUUACCAGAUAUUAAUCAAAUGGAAACCUAGCAUUUGGCAAAAUUUUUGAAAAUAUCAGAUCAUCCUUCAUCAACUUACAAGCAAAAUUAUAAUUCAAGACAUCCAGAAUCAAGUCGCUUCCAGUAUUGAAGAUUCUAAUAAUCAACAUAAGUUAGUUAAGAACAUUGGGCAAGUACCUAUGUUAAGUUUUAUAUGUAGAGAACAAAAUGACUAGCGGAGAUGUCAGAACGCAAAAUCUCCUAAGAAAGUAGCGACAACAUGCGGGGCGAGGGGGACGAGGAACGUUACUGACUCCUCCCUUAUAUGCCCACUUUUUUGUAAGUCUUCCACAGAUGUCUACGAACCUAAACGCUUCGUAAGUUCACUAGUAACUGAUGGUUUUGGUCAUGCCUGACGUGCGUUAUUUGACCUACAAGAAGACCUGACCUACCUGCCUAUGGCUUCUCCGCUCAACUUUCUUUUCUCCGUGAUUCUAUAUAAGAUAUUGUUCUUUUAAUAGGUUUUAUAUCCCACUACCGUUUUAUAGAUUUUUAAUGCGUAAUAUGUGGUAUGAGUCCAAAAAACUGACAUUUUAGGGGCCUAUAGUUGCUCCGUAUGUAUCAAACGCAAAUUUUGUUUUCGUUCAGUAAAAUGAUUUUCAAGUUAAUAUGGAACCUGGUGUACGUUUCUAGCAAAGAGUAUACAUAUACUACGUAAGAAUAUACGGGACUUCCAUAGACAAAAAUAAGCUUAUGAAACGUCAAACAAGAUGCAGAAUAGCCAACUUAACAAAAUCAAAAAUCAUUUAUUCAAACUUGGCUGCAAGACAGCACUUUUUGAACGUCAGGAAUUUACAAAAGACAGCCCCCAAAACGCCCGCCCUUCACCACUUCCUAUGUGUUUUUGCUGGGAAGAAGUGGCGCAACAAACUCCCCAGCAACACAUGUCUGUCUGUAGGUUAGAAGAACCUUUCAACAUUGUUUGAUAUACUACAACAGCGACUCCCGUUGCGGAACGUACCUGUUCUAGAUCACCGAACAAUUUUAUUCGUGUUCGCAUUUGAUUGCACCCUUUCAGUAAGAGCCCUGCCUCACUAAGACGCCAUGGCGACGUCGCCAGCGGCGCAGGCCUGGCUACUUUUGGCAUCCAAAGGUCGCCAAUUCGAGUGGCCAUGGCGUCCCGGCAGUCAAUUGUUUACGUUGCCGCUGAAGAAAUUGCUCGCUGACUGGCGAUCACACUGGCGACUGAGUGAGGGAGGUGCACUUUACCGCUUAGAUUAUAGUGGCAACCACGCCAACGUCGCCAAGCUGCCAGAGUAGCCAGAAGCCACGUAGCGAAAUGUAGAUCGUGGCCACGCUUCCAAUUUGGCGACGUUGCCAAACCGUCGCCAAGUGAGUUAGGUUCCAUACAUUUCAAUACUAAUGCUUGGAUACGUAGCCGGCGACGUCGCCAUUGGCGUCCUAGUGAGGCAGGGCUCU